AUGCACAAGGAACCAAUCGAGGAGAUUAAGGUUUUUCCCCAAAAAGAGAAGACAUGGUUAAAACAAGGUGUUUUAAAAAAGAAGGAAAAAGAGUACAUAACCGCAGAGGAGCUGUUGAUCAAGAAGCAAGAACAAGGGUUGGAUGUUGUUGAGAAAGUGUUUGACAGGAGGGGACCACAAGUUCGGGUGAUGACAAGUUUAGAGAAUCUGAAUGCCGAAGAAAAACAAGAAGAAGAAAAGUCAAGCCCCAUCCAACAUAAUAUAAGAUUGAUUGUUGCCUGGGCUAAACUUGAUAUGAAGAAGAUUAUGUGGGACUUGAGAAAAGAGAGAGAGACGAUUGUGACUUUGCAAAAAGAAAAGGAAAAGCUAAAAGAUGAUGCCACCCGUCAGAAAAAACAACUUGGUAGCAUGGAAGAGAUGGUGUAUGUGGUGGAACGGUUGACAAAGGAGAGCUUGUUAGGGACAUUGACUUUAGAGUCUGUUUCCAUGUCAUUCGAGGACUUACAGAGACAAUAUCUUGAUGAGUACAAGCUGUUUGGUUUGGCUAUUAUCGCGUCCUCUUUUGCCUUGCCUUUGCUGAGUAGGGUCUUCCAAGGAUGGGACCCACUGCAAAACCCGUUACACGGUUUGAAUGUUAUGUCGGUAUGGAAAGAUUUAUUGAAAGGAAAUGAGAUAUCUUACACGCAGCUUUUUAUGGAAGCCGUGUUCCCAGCUGUAAGGAUAUCUGCUACCAACACCAUGCAAGCUAGGGACCCUCAACCCUUACUCUGUUUCCUAGAUUCUUGGGAACAACUAGUCCCUCACUCUGCUCUUCAAACCAUACUUGACAACAUUGUCAUGCCAAAGUUAGCGUCUGCUGUCGACUCGUGGGACCCACGUCGGGAAACCAUACCAAUACAUUCGUGGGUCCAUCCAUGGUUGCCAUUGCUGGGGCAGAAGCUCCAGACAUUGCAUCAUACCAUAAGGAAUCGUCUAGAAAAUGUUCUUCAUUCUUGGCACCCAAUUGAUAUGUCAGCUUACUACAUAUUGUCUCCCUGGAAGACUGUUUUUGACCCGACAAGCUGGAAACAGACGAUGGUCCGAUACAUCAUUCCAAAGUUGUUGGCAGUCAUGCAUGAAUUCCAAGUCAAUCCAGCAGAUCAGAAGCUUGACCAGUUUUACUGGGUCCGGACUUGGGCUAGUGCGAUUCCGACUCAUCACAUGCUUCGUAUAAUGGACGUGUGUUUUAACAAGUGGCUACAAGUUCUGUACCAAUGGUUAUAUUCAAAGCCGGAUUUUCAACAAGUUAUAAAUUGGUACCUGGGUUGGAAGGAUCUUAUCCCACCCCAGCUUCUGUCGAAUGAGCAUGUAAGAUACUGGCUUAAUAUUGGUCUGAACAUGAUGAACCAGGCGGCUGAAGGCUUGGAGGUUGUCCAUCCAGGUUUCAGAGAAAACAUCAAGACCCACUCUGAACCUCAGGCAGCAAAGGGACAGCAACCAGGUUCUGGUGGUGUUGGUACUGUUGAUAUGAGUUUGAAGGAACUUAUUGGAGUUUAUGCACAAGAUAAUGAUUUGCUGUUUAUGCCUAUAGUGGGAAGAAUGAAAGAUGGCCAUCAAGUGUUUAGGUUUGGGAACAUUAGUGUAAUCAUAGACUCUCUCAACCAAAAGCUGUUUGCUCAAACUGAACACAGAUGGUCUCUUGUAACCCUUGAGCAACUGGUGAACCUGGACAAGGGUUGGGUUCUGAGAAGAGGCUGA